ACCACACCACACAAGAUUUUUUUUUUUUUUUUGAAGGGGACGAAACGAAAUAUCGCGGAGACUAGACGAGAAAUCGGUCGACCAUGUCCUCCGGCGGCGACCUCCACCUCGACGGCGCCGGCCUCAUCCUCUCCCUCCCCGAGGACGUCCUCGCCCUCAUCUCCGCGCACCUCCGCCCCCGCGACCUCCUCGCCCUCUCCGCCGCCUCCCGCCGCCUCCGCCGCGCGCUCUCCGGCGCCGCCGCCGACAAGGCCUGGCUCGCCCAGUGCCGCCGCCUCCUCCCCUCGCCGCCCCACCUCCUCGCCUGGCGCGCCGCCGCCGGGGGCUCCUCCCUCACCGUCUGCCGCUUCCUCCACUCCGCCGCGCCGCUUCUCGGCGCCCUCUGGGCCCACCAGAACCCCGAGCUCGGCAACCUCGUCGCCGCCGUCCCGGGCUUCCUCUCCGUCGUCGCCGCCCGCGCCAUCCCGCAGGACCUCUCCCCGCGCCUCCGAUGGGCCCCCGUCUUCGAGCUCCUCGCCGACGCCCACGGCCGCCCCGCCAUCCUCUUCCUCCACGGCCACCAGCCCGCCGACCUCUUCCCGGCCCGCCUCGCCUCCCUCCAGCCCCACGCCAACGUCCUCUUCCUCGAGGCCCAAACCCACCAGGGUGAGGACCCCAUCGCCUCCUCCUCCUCCUCGCACCACCACUUCCCCCGCCUCGCCUUCGCCGACCGCCGCCGCCUGCUCGACUCCCUCGUCGCCGCCUGCCGCGUCACGCUCCCGCCCGACCUCGUCGCCGCCCCGCUCUUCGCGCGCACCGACGAGGACCUCCCGCUGCUCGCGGCGCGGCGGGAGGCGAUGCUGCGCCUGCACAGGGAGGCCGGCGGGGGCAUGGUGCGCACACCCGAGGUCCAGGGGCUCCUCCUCCUCGAUGCCAAGAAGAAGCCGGCGCCCAGCGACGGUGGGGAGAGGAUCCGCCUGCGGAGGAGCCUCUCCGCUGUAGCCGGGUAUGUCAGGAACAGCCUGCGCCAGAUGGUGACGCGAUCAGUGUCAGCAAAUUCCAGGGCUCACCAUGUGGACACCAGACAUCUGCCGUUGCCAGACUUCUUGCACACCAGUGAGAGCGUCGGCCUGAGCCUCCGCGGCGCUAGAAUGCGGCUAUCCACUUACCGAGCAUGGCCGAGCAUGCAUGACAACCGGUUCGCACUCUACAAGCUCACGCUGCAAGCACCCAUGCCAGGAAGGGAGUAUGCCGGGCUGUGGGGAGGCACCUUCGGGUGGCCUCCGGGGCGACCCGAGGAUGAGUGCAAGCCCAGGAAGGCACUUUUCUUCUUGCUGUUAUCAUAUGAGGUGGACACUGAGGGGAAGCUUCUGCUCAUCGCCACUAAGGUGUUGGAGGGGACACACUAUGUCGUGCAUCCGAAUGGGUCAUCCAUGUUUAUUGCAAGGAUGUGUGAACCAUCAACAGAGGCUUUUCCCUGGCAGACUGAUGGGGAAUCCCGAAAUGUGGAUGUUGAGAGAAGCUUUGCAGGAGAGGGCAUUGCCAAUGGGUAUGGCUUCAGGUACCCUGGCUCAAAGCCAGGUUCACUGUUUGUCCUCCAGGAUGGUCAACUUGCAUUUGUUUGGAGAGAGACCGGAGCUGUGCUCACCUUGCAAAGACUCAAUUUGGAGGAGUUGCUGAAGAAAGGGGAGCGUGUGCCUGCGUUGCAGCCAGUACCAAAUUUUGCUUACCUCACAAAGUCUUACUCCAACGUGUUCACUGGUUUCCCUGGCAGUUCGGCUUCGCCCAGAUGGACAACCUUUGUAUAGGUAAAAAGCAUGAGUGGAGGGUGUAUAAAAUGACCACGAUGCAGAGCAAUGGAGAAAUUGUCUUUGGAUCAUGUUCUGUUCUUCUUCCUUGUCAAGCAAUACAUGCGCUUGCUUCUCCUAUGGCUCUGGAGGUUGGGCGUCACCAGGCAAUGGUUCCAUGUCUGUCUGCUGCUAAGGGAGAGGAGCAAAACAUAAGCCAUACUUCUGAAAAUUCAAAUACUUCAUCCUGAAGGAAAUAGGCAAUAGCAACCACACCCCAUAUUCCAUACUAAAACUAUUUUUCAUGACUGUUGUAAAUGAAAUCCGAUUGGAGUGUAAAUUUGUUGUAUAUUUCUUUUUUGAAAUGCAGGUGAUUGAUACAAACUCUAUACUGAACGAUUCCUUCAUACGACGUUGCUUAAUACAUUCAUCAUGUGUGUUGAGCA